AUGUCGGCAGCCUAUUACUAUAUCUUAUCGUUAGCGUCAGCGAAUACAAACAUCUACAAAAUCGGUGGACCUAUUCUCAUUACUAUAGGCACUCUCAGUUGUGUCAUAAGUCUGAGAGUGUUCACUCGAAAAACUCUACGUCGAAAUCCCUGCUCUAUCUAUCUGAUCGCAUCGUAUCUUUCAAAUUUUCUGAUGAUUUACACAUCAAUAUUGAUUUCAACAUUAGGCACUGGUUAUAACAUCAAUCCGAGUGCGUACGAUCUUGUCUUUUGUCGUUUUCGUUACUAUAUCACAUUUAUUUGUGAUGUUUUGAGUCCAUCUUAUCUUAUUUUUGCUGCUAUCGAUCGCGUCUUUGUUACCUCACGUGAUGCUUUGGUACGACAACGAAGUACUCCUCGUCUUGCAUAUCGAUGCAUUAUUGCCAUCACUUUGUUUUGGUUAAUUUUUCAUAUUCAUGCAUUGUUCUUUACAAUCAUCAUCAUUGGGAGUGCAUCGAGUAUUGGCGUUUGUUAUUUUCAACCUGGCAUGUAUCUGACAUUAAUCAGUUAUUAUUCAAUGAUUAUCAAAGCAAUUCUCAUACCACUGUUGAUGAUUUUUUUGGGUUUAUGGACUGUGAACAAUGUGCGAGCUUUGAGUAAGGUAGCAGCUAUUACUACGCACUCAUCGUUAAGCGGUAUUGGUGCGGCAAUGGGCGGUAUUCGUUCUGCCCGUUCGAAGGAUCGGCAAUUGAUCAAGAUUAUUCUUGUCGAUACUUCGAUUUAUAUUCUAUUCAAUACGAUGAUAUCUGUUCUUCUUGUUUAUCAACAAGUAAUGCAAAACCAAGUUCAGCCUUAUGUCCAGUUGUAUCUACAAGGGUUUUUGAUGAGUGUGAGUGUGUUUAGUGCCUAUAUUCCGUUUUGUAUUGGGUGUUAUACUAAUUUAUUUGUAUCGAAAACGUUCCGACACGAAGUACAAAAACUUCUAACAUGUCAACAGCAGUAG